GGUUGUGGUCGAUGAGCUUCAUGCUUUGUUUUGGCUGGGGGAUUGGGGGAUCCCGCUACUGAAGGCUACCUACCCCGCUUCGUGUGGCUAUGUGGUUGACGCCGAACUCCCCGUUCCCGAGACCUGAGUUGUUUGAGCAGGGAACAAUUUAUUUACACAAUUUCAAUCUCCGGAUCGGACGACUUCAGUGAUUGCAGCAUAAUGAGGGUUGACACAGAUGUUAUUUUUGAUAACAAAAAUAAGUUCGACUUUCCUGCCAUUAUCCCGAAAAACAUCGCCAAUCCACAACUUCUGAAAGUUGAUAACUGGAAGGGUGGAGUGAGAGUUAAAGUACUUGCAUUUGACGAUGACACAAUCGGCAAGGACGACAUAGGCGAGUUCGACCAAAAUAUCACCAUCGAAUCUUCCUCAUCAGUUGAUGCAGCAACAUGGCGGGAUUAUACAAUCAAGAUCGAUAAGUCAGAAUUCCUUUACAAAGUGAAAAUCUACUGCAACGCCAAUUUCUACACUUCGGACUGCGGUGUGUAUUGCAAACCACGUGACAACACCCAGGGUCAUUAUGGAUGCAACCAAACUACGGGGGCCAAGAUGUGUCAUGAUGGAUGGGAAGGAUCAGACUGCACCAUAGAUACAGACGAGUGUGCAUCUGGGCCGUGUCAUAAUGGAGCAACCUGCGUGGAUAACGUAAAUGGGUUCUCGUGUGUUUGCAAUGACGGUUGGUCAGGACUGCAAUGUGACGUGGAAAUAGAUGAGUGCGAAUCAGCACCCUGUAAAAAUGGCGCCACCUGUGACGAUUUUAUGAAUUACUUCAACUGUUCUUGCGUACCCGGCUUUGUUUACGUUGAUGAAUUCUGUGAAAUGGACGAGUGCUCAGACAACCCUUGCCUCAAUGGUUCUACGUGUCAUGACCUCACUGGGAACUUUUCCUGCUCAUGUGCCCCAGGCUUCGAGGGGAAAACCUGCAGUGUUGAUAUCAAUGAAUGCAUAAGCUCGCCUUGUCAAAAUGGCGGUCACUGUACAGAGGGGAUUGAUUGGUUUAACUGUACAUGUUUACCUGGUUUCGAAGGCAAUACAUGUCAAAUAAACAUAGAUGAAUGUGAAUCAAAUCCCUGCCAUAACAAUGCUACGUGUUUAGACGGCAUAGAUGGGUAUACAUGUAACUGUCCUAUUGGAUACAAUGGUACGUUGUGUCAGAUUGAAAUCAACGAAUGCGAGUCCAACCCUUGCCAGAAUGAUGCAACGUGUCUUGAUCUUGUUGGUUACUUCCAGUGCGAUUGCAGCCAGGGAUACUUUGGCGAUCUUUGCGAGGUCGAUAUUGAUUAUUGCAUCAACCAAACAUGCCAGAAUAACGGAACAUGUGUGGACAGACUGGACGGUUUUCACUGCAUAUGCCAGGCGGGGUUUGAAGGUGUUAUGUGCGACACGGAGACAGAUGAAUGCGCCAGCAAUCCCUGCAUGUUUAACUCGACAUGUCAAGAUCUUAUAGCAGGAUUCAGAUGCACUUGCCAACCUGGCUACGAAGGCACCAUCUGUCAGAACAUUACGAACGAGUGCCUUAGCGAUCCGUGUACGAAUAACGCUACAUGUAUUGACGACAUUGCCAAGUUUCGCUGCCAUUGUUUACCCGGGUUUGACGGCACCGUGUGUGAAGUCAACAUUGAUGAAUGUUCUAGUUAUCCAUGUUUUGACAAUGAGACGUGUCUGGAUCAAACCAAUGGUUAUAGAUGCAUCGAUGGCGUAAACAUGUGUGAAGAUGAUCCACCUGUCUGCAAAAACAACGCCACUUGUUUCGACGAAGACCGAGGGUUCAGUUGCCAAUGCAAAGACGGUUUCCACGGCAAUGCUUGUCAAUUUGACACAGACGAGUGUCAGAGCUCACCCUGCGUUCACGGCAACUGCACCGACCUCAUCAACGGCUUCUCCUGUCAGUGCUUACCCGGUGCCGAAGGAACACUCUGCGAGGUGGACUUGGAUGAGUGUGCCAGCAUACCUUGUUGGUACGGGUCGUGCGCCGAUGAGCUCAACGGGUUCUCUUGCCUCUGUAGUGCUGGGUAUGAGGGUUCGGUUUGUCAGUUUGAAAUCGACGAAUGUGAGAGCUCGCCUUGUUUGAUGAACGGUACCUGUGCUGAUCUUAUUGAUGGGUUCUCCUGUGAUUGUCCGACUGGAUACGGUGGAGAGCAGUGUGGUGAGGAGACCGAUGAGUGCCGAAGCUCUCCCUGUAUUCACGGCAUUUGCCAAGAUGAAUUCAACGGCUACAAGUGUGUCUGCGAGCGAGAGUGUUUAAAGGGGCAUUGUGACAACGGCGUGUGUGACUGCGACCCUGGGUACGAGGGUGAUGAUUGCAGCGUGCAGAUUGAUUAUUGCCAUAGCUCUCCAUGCUCACAAGGCACAUGCAUCGCACUUGAGAAUGCUUUCAGGUGUGAAUGCGAUGCCUUCCACACGGGCGAGUACUGCACAGACCUCAUCGAUGAUCCUUGCUCUCUCAACCAAUGCGAACACGGACAAUGUGUUCCAUCGAGUGAUGCUCCAAAUGGAUACAACUGCACAUGCAACGAGGGUUAUUUUGGUUCCAACUGCAAUAUUGAUUUGAGAAAGUUUGGCAGUGUGGUCAUGCUCUUUGGUAGAACGAAUGAAGCACGUGAUUUUGAGAAGAACAUGGCGACCUUGCUCUUAAAGGAACUGCCUCCUAUGUCAGCGAGAGAUAAACGAGAGUUUAUCGUGACCGUCGUCAGUAUGGAAUCUUACGUCACAUCAGAUAAACGUGAGCCACUGACAAAGGUAACAUACUUGACUAGGUCAUUGAGUGGGUACGUUGAUAAGAAUCUAGUGGAGGAUACAAUCAGUGAAACACCCAGUGAUAUCUUGAUUCAAAGUAUCGGCUAUGACAAGUAUACUGGCAAGGCUGUGCCUCAAGCUUCCACAGGAGAUGGCGGCAAGAGCUGGGUCGAAGAAAAUUGGUACGUAUUCUUGAUUGCCCUGGCUGUAGUUGCCGUUGCAGGUAUUGCCGGAUUCGCCGUUUGGCGUAAACGAAGAACCCCAUCAAGUGGACUGAAGCUAGAGUCAGAGAUAUUAUCAAGUAACGACCGUAACGAGGAGGGAUCAAACGAUUACAUCCAAUUAGAAGGAGACAAUGAAUAUGGUGGCACUUUAGUAGACAACCCUCUGUAUGAAAGCAGUGAACCCAAGACCUGGGCUUCGGAGACAGAAACAUGAAGGCCUGAUAUACGGAUAUAUUAGCGAGGUUUAGCUGCACGUUACGCGAGCACAAAACGUGAACGUGAACGACAGAAAAUUGUGUCGUUUCUAGAGGGCUUAUUUCAAGCUCACGUACGUGACGUCUGCACAUACGUACCUGACAUCGAAAAUGGUAACUUCACGUAUGCUAAAAACGUGAGAUUUUAACGACAUAAUUUUCUGACGUUCGCGUUCACGUUUUUGCUCACGUAACGUGCAACUAAACCUCCCUAAUGUGUCUCGCGUUCACGUUUUUGCUCGCGUAACGUGCAACUAAACCUCCCUAUAUACGUGAACGUGAACGUCAACAUAUUGUGUUGUUUCUGACGGGUGACGUCGCCGCUUUGGGCUUACUGCAUGCUCACUUAUGGCGUCUGCGCGCAGUUUUUUAUACGUACCUGAUGUGAAAAAUUGUAACUUCACGUAUGCCAAAAACGUGAGAUUUUAACACACAAUUUUCUGACGUUUACGUUCACGCGGAACGUGCAGCUAAUAUUGUUGCAAAAUGAAAAAAAAAAAAUCUAGCAAGCUAAAACAAAAGCAUACCUGCCAGAAGCUUAACAAUAUCUGGCAAGUAUCAAUUUAUUCAACGUGUCUCCUCAUUUUUCGGCAAGCAAUACUCCGUUUUUUAAUUUCACUGGUUAUCGUUUUUUUUUUCCCAGAACAAUGAGGACAAACUCCCAUAUAUUAUCUAUUUGAGAAUUUGGUUUCACAAACUUUGAGCUUUGGUCUCAAAACUAUUUUACUAAUUUAAAACACAAAUGUAGAUUUGACUAACCACAAAUAUUGUUUCAAGGGAAGUUCCAACGUGAGCAAUAUGAUACCAUGCAAGUUAUGUGCAUAAUUAUAAACAUUAUUUUAUGUUUUCAUUCCUACCGAUGUUGUGCACAAACUUAAAGGGAAGGUAAAAACAAUUGGUAACACUCUUAAAAUUAAUGGAAAUUAUAUGUUAGAAGCCUAAAACAGCUUUCGGUAGUAUAAAGCAUUUUCAGAAACACUUCACUUCGAAGUAAUGUGGUUAUUUAAAAAGAUGUCAGUUUUUAUAACUCAUAAUGUUGAAUCUGAAUUGACACUUUUCAGAUAGUAUAAUCUAAUAAGAAAAGGUAACACUUCUCAGACUGUAUAUUCAUAUAAAAAAUUAUUCUUCCUGUGUAGAUAUGUGGAUAUUUUCCCACUGGAUUUUCAGCGAUAUCAAACCAACAAAAAUGCGACCACCUGUUGAAAUGAAAUUGUGACGUUAUGGUAGUUUUAUUGUGUUAUACAUCUACAUUGUGUAGGAUUAAAACAAUCGAACGGUAACCAAAACCAAAGGUAAACUUUGCCUUUAAACGUGUGUAGUUAUCUUGUUGUUGUAAGUUAUGGUAUGAAGUUGCGGAAGGAAGUUUGAUAGACGCCUUCCGCAAUGCCUGUAUUGAAACAACAGAUGAGAUUAAAAAUGCAGUUGACUUGUAAAGAUAAUAUUUAACUGGAGAUUCAAAAUAGAGCCUACACUAUUUCCUUAUUGGUUCCUUAAAACGAAUCAUGGCUGAGUUGUAGAGCAAAUGUUGUAAUCUUAUUUGCCAAAGAACCAAUAGUUUAAGAUGCCAUCCUGACCUUCGCAUUAGGCCAGUGCAAAUUAUGCCCAUUAGUGAUUAAUCCCUUUAGGGUUUAGUGUGCAACAUGUAAUAGUUGAAUUCGUAAGCAUUCCAUAACGUUGUUUUGAGUGUUCUAUUCCAUUUUGCAUUCACAAUUUAAAGUGCUUAUCAAGUGAGUGAGUGAUUUCUUGAGCGUUAGCUCUAAUGUUCUACUAUUGAUAUCGAAUUAGGUUCAUGGCACGACAAGAGCGCCGAAAGAGGACUAUUUUAAGAAAUGCACAAAGAAACAACUUUACAUUAUGUAAUAAUAAUAA